AUGGAAAAAAGUGAUGAACCUGAACAGCCUAUCUCGUUAGGGAGGCAGGAAUUUAGAAGGAGAAGACGACCCAGCCAACCCAUGGUAGACAAGUCCCAGCAAACUGAUGUAACAGAAAAAAAGAAAUCCGUGGCUGUAGUACAACCUCCUGCCCCCAAAUCUACUGCCAGUAAUGGCAGUAUUUCUGGAAGCAAAGGCAACUACUCUGCAAAAGAACAUGAGUCUCUUAGACUGUCUUCUCAACUUCAGAAAACUUGGAUAAAGAGAAAGCAUGGCAUGGAAAUGACUGAUAAGUCUCUGCAGACAGAAACUGCUGUGGAAGAAAAAGUGAAAGCCGUAUUAACUGAUAAAACACGUACCCUUGAAGAAACCCCAGAUGGUGUUAGAGAAACAGCUUCUGCAUUGCCACAGAGUGUUCCAGUAGUAGACAUUCCAUCAUGCAGACCCUUAACCCACUUAAUAGACAGAGCUCAGCAGACCAACUGUACUGGUGACUGGAGUCAAUGGAACAUUUGCCCAAAAGAUAAAGUGGACAAAGAACAACAGACAUACUUUAGUGAGUUAGAAAUUACUAUCUUGCCUAUGCCAGGUAGUUCCCUGGAUAAGUCAAAGGAGGAAACAAUACCUGUUGCACAAGAGGGUUCCUUGCCUGAAGUACCUCUUGAAACAGAGGUAAUGCUAACUGAAAAAGUCUCUGAUGCUAAGCUGGCUGUCACUGCAGGGGAGUUUUCUGGUGAAGAACAGGAUCUACCAGCUGAGGUGCUUUCUUCUGAAGAAACCCAUUUUGAUGCUAGUCUUCCGUCAGUGCCAGGGGCUGUUUCAGAUGUGACUAAUGAUCAACAGAUUCUCCAAGGAGCCGAGGUGGCUCCUUCAGAACUUCCUACUGAAAUGGUUACAGUCACAGAAGAAAUGCCUGUGGAAGUCCAAAAUCUUACAACUGAUAAUGUCCUUGAAACCUCAGGCAAGGUAGAGCCUGCUACUGCUGUAGAGUCCACUGAUGGAGUUCAACCUCCACCAUCUGAGGAGGCUUCUAAAGGAGUACCUGUGGAAGCUCAGUCACCACUAGAUAAGCAAGCAGUAGAAGAAGAGGUCUCUGAGGCAAUUGUUAAGAUAAUAGUUGAGGAAUUUCCUGUAGAAGAGAUCUUUGAGGGAUAUCAACCUCUAACUGAGGAAGCCCCUGAAGAUAAGUCUACUGCAGAAGAUCAGCCUCUAUCAGCAGAGGAUGCUCCUAUAGAAGUGGCCAGUUCAGAAGAGGCUCUGGUAGAACCUCAGCCUCCACCAACCAAGGAGGCCCCAACAGAAGAUAUCCCUAUAGAAGUUCUACCUCAACCAACUGAAGACACCCUUAUAGAAGACACCUCUGCAGAAGUUCCACCACCAGUUGAGGAAGCCAGUUUAGAAGCUCCACCUCCACCACCUGAGGAAACCCCUGUAGAAGUUCCAUCUCCACCACCUGAGGAGACACCUGAAGAAGUUCCACCUCCACCACCUGAGGAGACCCCUGAAGAAGUUCCACCUCCACCACCUGAGGAGACCCCUGAAGAAGUUCCACCUCCACCACCUGAGGAGACCCCUGAAGAAGUUCCACCUCCACCACCUGAGGAGACCCCUGAAGAAGUUCCACCUCCACCACCUGAGGAGACCCCUGAAGAAGUUCCACCUCCACCACCUGAGGAGACCCCUGAAGAAGUUCCACCUGCACCAGCUGAGGAGACCUCUGUAGAAGUUCCACCUGCACCAGCUGAGGAAACUCCAGCAGAAGUUCCAUCUCCACCAAAUGAGGAGACUCCCACAGAAUUUCAACCCCCAUUUCUUGAGACAGAUCCUGUAGAAGGUCUUCCCCUAGAAGAAGAAGUUGUGACUCAAUAA